UACAUAUAUACAUAUCGGAGAAGGUGUUCACCAGUGCCAGUGUUCGCUUUUACUUGGUUUUCUGACAGUAGCAUUCAGAAAGAAAAGAACCGCUAUUAAAAGUUACUCUCGGGUUUGUUAACACGCUGCUCAUACAGGUCCCAUCAUGGACGAUUUACAGAAUUAUAAACUGCAGCUACAGCAGGUGGAAGCAGCUCUUACCACGGAUCCAACAAAUGAAGAACUCCUGAAAUUGAAAAUUGAUCUCGAGGAAGUAAUAGAGCUGACACAUGAUUUAAUUAAAUCACAACAACAGGAAAAAAGGCAAGCCAAUGGCAUGGAUGCUAAAGAUCCUAUUUUACUUGCAGUUCUGGCCAAUAAGUGGAAGGUUGGUGAUCAAUGCAUGGCACCCUGGAGCGAGGAUGGCAAAUAUUAUGAAGCAACCAUAGAUGCAAUAAGCGAGGAUGGAGUUGUAAAUGUUACCUUCAAUGAAUAUAAAAAUACAGAUGUCACAAUGCUAAGUCAGUUAAAGUCUGUAGCCAAAAGGCCAGCAUCGGAUUGGGCAGAUCAGAAAUCGAAAAAAAUGCAAGCUGCUGCAGUAGCAGGUUCAGAUCCUAAUAAACAAAGGGAAUACCUAAAGAAAAAGAAACAGAGGAAACUUCAGCGAUUUAAAGAACUCGAGGAAGAGCGUGAAAUGGAAAAAAAUAAAUGGCUAGCAUUUACAAACAAGUCUUCGAAGAAAGGAGUAAUUAAAAAGAGUAUAUUUGCCACACCAGAAAAUGUAAACGGCCGAGUAGGAAUUGGUACCUGUGGUGUGAGUGGUCGAGAAAUGACAAAAUUCAGUAACGGUGAAAAAUGGAGGAGGGGAGCAUGAAUGUUAUUGUAAAUACACAAAUUAAUAUUUCGCGAGAUAGAAUUAUCAAUUAUUGUUAUAUUACAUUGAAUUCGGUUCUUGAGAGAACUGAAGGAAAAGAAAACGUAUGUUUUGUGUUAUGAGAAUGUUUUAACAGAAGACGCGAAUGAGGAGAGUGUAGCUAUCUUGAGACUGUGUGUAGACAUUAUGUUAAAAACGAACAAUGACCUCAAUAGUAAAUCCUGAAAUUAUCUGGAUUUUCUAUCUUCACGGAAUGAAUGAUCGUCACGAAUGUAUGUAUUUCUAGACUAAUACAUUUAUCUGGGUAUGAUUUGUUUACAAUCUAUAAAUGAUACGAAUAAAUGUAUAUUUUAAAGCCAAA